UGGCCAGAUAGUGAAGACAUGAGCGAGUGUGAUCCAGCGAUUUCAUGCGCGUUUGUCUUCUUCCAAUCAAAUAUGAUUUGGAUAGGAUGAGAAGAGUAGCGUCUUUGUUGACAUAAUUUAAGGACAGCCUGGUGGUUACAGAUGGUUACGUUCGCAGGCUGGGCUAUAGCCUAUAGGCUAGAGAAAAUCAUUUCAUUAAUCGACAUUAUUGCGAGCCAUGAUGGAAUUACAUAACGCCUAUAUGCUGCAGUCUACAAUAACGUAAAUUAUGCUCUUUUCUCACUGAACGACUGAAUGUAAAACGCAGCGGCAGCUGGACAGAUCACAGAGAAAAUCACAUUGAGCUCCAUAUAACAAAUCGAGGAGCCGAGCGCAUUGCAUGAAUUAACAGAGCUGAGGGCUCAGUGUCGAUACUAGAGAGAUGAAGGACCUUUCGUUCUCCCCUUGAUGUGUUCAACCCGCCACGGAGGAGAGACAACCAGGAGCAGCCGAUGCUCGGAGAGAACAGCGGCGGCAGCGCCAGACCUCGGCGAGAGUGAUAGCGCUGUUUACUGUCAUUUGAGAGCUGGCACCGGGGCCGCGGUGAGGCAUGGGCUGCGCUCCCAGCAUCCACGUCUCCCAGAGCGGUGUGAUCUACUGCCGAGACUCGGACGAGUCCAACUCUCCGCACCAAACCACCACUAUCUCGCAGGGCACCGCGGCCACCCUACAUGGGCUGUUUAUCAAGACGGAAGCGGCCGAUACCAUCUCAUCCGUCAUCACCUACCAGAGCAGGCACUCCGGAACCAACUCUCGACGAGAGAGAAGAGAGAACAGCCGGGGACACAUCUGCAUCGAGGCUGAGACCCAGACCAGUCACACCAGUGCCAAGGUAUCAGCCACAGAAGAAUGCAUAGGACCUAUGAGACUGACCCAAGAACCUAUUCAGGUCCUGCUGGUGUUUGCGAAGGAGGAUGGUCAAAGCGAUGCCUUCUGGUGGGCGUGUGACCGGGCGGGUUUCAGGUGUAACAUCGCCCGAACGCCUGAGUCCGCCAUCGAGUGUUUCCUGGACAAGAGCCACGAGAUUGUAGUCAUCGAUGGACGCCACUCACGAUACUUUGAGGCAGAAGCUGUCUGUCGGUUGAUUCGUGCCACAAAGCGCUCAGAACACACAGUCAUUCUGGCCGUUGUGCCACAGACGCCUUCAGGUCAGGAGGAGCAGUCUGUUCUUCCUCUCCUCUGCGCUGGACUCAGCAGAAGGUAUGUGGAGAAUAGUAGUGUCUCUGCCUGCUAUAAUGAGUUGCUCCAGAUUGAACAUGGAGAGGUGCGCUGCCAGUUCAAACUCAGGGCUUGUAACUCAGUCUUCACUGCUCUGGACCACUGUCAGGAGGCUGUGGAGAUCACCAGUGAAGACCAUGUGAUACAGUAUGUGAACCCGGCAUUUGAGUGUAUGAUGGGAUACCACAAGGGAGAGUUGAUAGGGAAAGAGCUGACGGAACUCCCGAAGAGUGACAAGAACCGAGCAGAUCUUCUAGACACCAUCAACACCUGCAUCAAGAAAGGAAAGGAGUGGCAGGGGAUCUGCUACGCCAGGAGGAAGUCGGGUGACAGCAUACAGCAGCACGUCAAGAUCACGCCUGUGAUUGGCCAGGGAGGAAAGAUCCGCCAUUUUGUGUCCAUCAAGAGGCCCCACAGUGACAACAACAAACAGGUCCAUAAGAUCAACAAAGAUGGAGAACAUUCCCAGUCAGAGAGCCAUUCCCUGCGUCACAGAGACAGGAGGAAAGAGUCGGUUGAUACCAGGUCAAUCAGCUCACGUGGCAGUGAUGCACCCAGUCUGCAAAACCGCCGGUACUCAUCUGUAGCCAGAAUCCACUCUAUGACCAUAGAGGCCCCCAUCACCAAGGUGAUCAACAUCAUCAACGCGGCCCAGGAGUCCAGUCCGGUGUCCGUAGCAGAGGCGCUGGACCGAGUCCUGGAGAUCCUGAGGACCACAGAGCUCUACUCUCCUCAGCUGGCCUCCAAGGAGGACGACCCACACACCAACGACCUUGUGGGCGGUCUCAUGAGCGACGGCUUACGGAGACUGUCUGGCAACGAGUAUGUCUUCUCCAAAAGUACUUUUCCAAAUUUGAGCCAGAGUCAGCUGGCCAUCCCAGUAACGCUGAAUGACAUCCCUCCGGCCAUCGCUGAGAUGCUGGAUGACGAAGACCAAUGGGAGUUUAACAUCCUGGAGCUGGAAGCUGCCACCUGUAAGAGACCUCUGACCUACCUGGGCUUGAAGAUCUUUGCUCGGUUCGGGGUGUGUGAGUUCCUGAGCUGCAGUGAGGCUACGCUACGCUGCUGGCUCCAGAUCAUAGAGGCUAAUUACCACGCCUCCAACUCCUACCACAACUCCACCCACGCCGCUGACGUCCUCCACGCUACAGCCUACUUCCUACGCAAGGAGAAGGUCAAGGGCAGUCUAGACCAACUGGAUGAGGUGGCUGCAUUGAUCGCGGCGACGGUCCAUGACGUGGACCACCCGGGGAGGACCAACAGCUUCCUGUGCAAUGCAGGAAGUGAGCUGGCCAUCCUGUACAAUGACACGGCUGUGUUAGAGAGUCACCACGCCGCCCUCGCCUUCCAACUCACCGUCAGGGACAGCAAGAGCAACAUCUUCAAGAACAUCGACAGGACUCAGUUCCGGACAUUGAGGCAGGCCAUCAUUGACAUGGUGCUGGCUACAGAGAUGACCCGCCAUUUUGAACACGUAAACAAGUUUGCCAACAGCAUCAACAAACCAAUGGCUGCCAUCGAGGAGUCCAGCUCAAACAGUGAAGGCAGUGACAGCGAGGGCCCAGCCAGUAUCAGGAACAGCCCAGAGAACCGGCUGCUGAUCAAGAGGAUGAUGAUAAAGUGUGCUGACGUGGCCAACCCCUGCAGACCCCUGGAGCUCUGCAUAGAAUGGGCCGGACGCAUCUCAGAGGAGUACUUCGCACAGACUGAUGAGGAGAAGAGACAGGGUCUACCGGUGGUCAUGCCUGUCUUUGACAGGAACACCUGUAGUAUCCCCAAGUCUCAGAUCUCCUUCAUAGACUACUUCAUCACAGACAUGUUUGACGCUUGGGAUGCCUUCGCCAGUCUACCUGGCCUCAUGGAGCACCUGUCGGAGAACUACAAAUACUGGAAGGAUCUGGACGACAUGAAGUGCAAGAGCCUGCGGCCGGCCCCUCCUCCGUGACCCCUCCAUCCCUCCCUCUCUCUCCCCUUAUCCAUCCAUCCCUCCCUCUCAUUGGGCUGGGAGAGACAGCGAAUGUAGCCUGGCGCUGGUAUUAAGCCCAUCCCACGAUGAUUCUACCCAGCUCCACACACAAUGGACUGUAAGACCUCAAGAGUCUGUAGACCUCGGAGUCUGCAGCUUGGAGCCCUCAGAAGAGACCAGGGGACUGACAUACCGGCUGACAAAUUACACCCCAACUCCCCAUAUAGUGCUCUCCUUCUGUGCAGACAUCUUUCCCAUCCCUAGUUAUCGGAUGGGGGGGGCCCUCUGGUCAUAAGUAGUGCACGACAUAGCGAAUAGGGGGACAUUUGAGAAUUGCCCACUGAGACUCUCCAGCCUCUUACGACCCAUCUGUGGUUCCUCUUGGGCCCCUAAUGUGACUCUACAGCCCUCCUGACAAUCUAUCCCAAACAACCGCACUUUAGCAGCUCAAAAAAACAUGUCACUUUCUCACAUCUUUUCUUUUCUUCCCUGUGAUGUUGCCUGUGUUCUAUAUCUCAGGCAAGUGUCUGCUGUUGUUUGUCGUACCUCUGAUUUCUGUCCGUCCUUGCUUAGUCCCUACGGUUAGUGUGUGGUGAUGUGGGUACCAAAGGUUUGCUGACACAUUAACUACUUCUACUGUACCAGGAAUAAAAGAGGAGAGAGCACAGAACUAAAGUAUGUAGAGAGAAACCUGUUCCCUGAAUCUCUCACACACACACACACACACACACACACACACACACACACACACACACACACACACACACACACACACA